AUGUCGACAAUCGCUUCUAGUGAGCAAAAAACCUCGCUACGAAGGCGAAUUGGGCAGGAAAUCAGAAAACUAGACCCUGAGGAGAUUGAAAGACAGUCGACGGUUAUCACCAAGCGUGUAUUGGAACUGCCUGCAUACCAGCAUGCCAAAUCUAUAGCAAUAUUUCUGUCAAUGCCCGGAAGGGAAGUCUCGACUCGCGAUAUUGUGCUACAAGCUUUCGAUGACGGAAAGUCUGUAUUUGUUCCUUAUCUUCAUCCAGGAGAAAUUCCGAAGUCAAGGGUCAUGGACAUGUUGCAGUUGCAAGACAAGGACGACUUUUACUCGUUGAAGCCAGAUGCUUGGGGAAUUCCAUCCAUUUCCAGAGACUCUGUUGAAAGAAGGAGAAAUGCUCUCGGGGGGAUUGGUAUCUCGAAAGCGCCUCCGGAUGGUCAGAAUCGCUACCCAAUUCUCGACCUCAUCUUCUUGCCUUCGGUUGCCUUUGACCGAGAUCACUGUCGUCUCGGCCACGGCAAAGGAUUCUAUGACCGGUAUCUUCAAACUUAUAAGAACGCGCUCGAUUCCAGCGGAGCUGGAGGGAACAUGCCACACCUGGUCGGAAUCGCUCUUCUUCAGCAAAUGCUACCGCCAGGAGAAACCAUCCCUGUCAAUGAGCAUGACUGGAAAGUUGAUCAAGUGGUAGUAGCCAACAGCUGA